UUGAUCUUAUUUUAUUUGUAAAUAUUUUAAUUUAUUGCCUAGGAUGGAUGUGACGGCAAAUUUUAAAAGCUGUGUACAAGCGAAGAGAGAAGUAGACAAGUUCAUGGGUGUCAAGAGAAAACCAGACAUCCUCAAGAACAAAAGAGGCUCAGAGUAUAUAAGAAAGUUUAAAAACCUUUUAUCCGAGAUAUCUAGCUUGAGAGAUUUUCUACUCGAGCACAGAAAGGCGUACCUGAACCUUUCGCCUGAGUUUGUCAAGUCGGAUCAAAUGAGUGAAGUCGAGAGGGACAAAAUUGACUUCGGAGCGCAAAAAAUCAUCCAGACAUGCUCUCAAAUGUUGAUGUCAUUUAAAAAAGAACUUUACAACAUGGAUGAGAACCAGGAGGUAGAAAACAACAAGGCUAUCGUCGACCUGCUUGGAGACUAUCUCAAGUCGGUAUGUAAGAUUUACACCGAACAGAAGGCCAUUCGAGUUAAGUGGACGAUCGAGGUUGAAAAGCUCUCCAAGCUGGAAGAUAAAGUUCAGAGUAGGAACGAGGCUACGAGCAACCGGGAAGACAAUUGGGUCCUUAAGGAGGACAUGGUCAAGCUGAAAGACAGGUCCAACGAGCCUCGAAUCGCCCCUUCUGAUUAUGCCUUCCAAGAGGAUGACAAUCCCCUGUCAGAAGAGGAGCUUCAAAUGUUUGAAAUGGAAAAUCAACAACUUUACAGUGACCUCAACAGUCUAAACGAUGAGGUCAAAGCAAUCCAGAGUAAUGUCGUGAAAAUAGCUGAACUGCAAGAGGUGUUCACAGAUAAAGUUCUAGAGCAGAAUGAGGAGAUAGAAAGGAUAUCGACAACGCUGGUCGGUACAACGGAGAAUGUAAAAGAUGCCAAUGUACAAAUACGACAAGCAAUUCAGAACAAUGCUAGUUUUAGGAUUUAUGUGUUGAUUUUUAUUUUAGUCAUGUCUUUUUCAUUGCUUUUUCUAGAUUGGUAUAAUGAUUAGUGUUGAUUUAAAAGUAUUUGUAUAAAGUAAUAUAUAUAAGUAAAAGUUUAAUAUAAAAAUGG